UAACCUCUCAUAUCAAAUGUGCAACUCCCUCUCGCCAUCUCACAACCUCUCUUCUUUUUGAACAAGCUCCAAAAUGGCUGGCUACACUUCUAUAGCCUUGGGUGCUCUUCUCCUCCUGAGUUGUGCUGCAUGGGGCUCGGCCACCGUCUACACCGUUGGCGGUUCAUCGGGCUGGAACACGGGCAUCAAUUACACUGAUUGGACCAGCGGCAAGACCUUCACCGUUGGUGAUAGCCUCUUGUUCAACUAUGCGACCGGGGCUCACACCGUGACCGAGGUGAACUCGGGCGACUACGAUUCCUGCUCAUCGAGCAACGCCAUCAGCAGCGAGACCAAUGGGCCAACAACUAUCCAACUCAAGACGACGGGCACACGCUACUACAUCUGCUCCAUAUCCGGUCACUGCGGCCUUGGAAUGAAGGUCGCAGUCACCGUCGGAUCGUCCGGCUCGCCUUCCACACCCCCCCCUCCAUCCACCUCCACACCCAGCCCACCCUCCUCUACCACCAACGGCAACCACUCCAGCGCUCCAGGCCUUGCGCCGGCCUCGGCGGUGGCGUCGCUCGCCGGAUUGGUGGUGCUACUCUUCUAGGCCUGGCCAGGGUGGAGACAGUGCUCUUAUACUCUAUUGAGUCAUUUCUUGUAUGCUAGGUGGCUAGAUCAUUGUGCUGGGAGAAUGCUUUUGCAGCGUGGUUGGUUACUUAUGUAUUAAUUGUCUUGAACUUAGCUUUAUUUGAGUGUGAUUGGCUGUUACAAAUUGGAAUAUCUGGCAUGAUGGUUUAAGGGAUAUUAUUCUGGUUGAUAUGUUUUUA